UAGCUAGCUUAUUCAACAUAUACUUACAAACCACCAUCUCCUUCAAUAAAAAAGAAAAAAAAAAAACCAUCAUGUUCAAAAAUUAUAGCAUUAAAAUGGUGGGUAGUAAUAGUACAAAGAAAAACCCUGAUAAUGAUCAAGAUAAUCUUGUUUAUGGACUAAGAUUAUCCUCAGUGGGAUCUGCCCUUGUAACAGGAAACUUAUGUUAUGAGCCUAAUUACAUAGAUUUAGCAAUGAAACUUCAUUAUUUAAGGGUAGUUUACUUUCUUGAUACCCAAGCAAUUAAGGGAAUAAACCCUAUUAAGUUAAAAGAGGGUAUAUUUAUAUGGCUUAAUUACUAUUAUGAAUCUUGUGGAAGGUUUAGGAGAUCAGAAGAUAAUGGUAAACCUUAUAUUAAGUGUAAUGAUUGUGGGGUAAGAUUUGUGGAGGCAGAAAGUUCUAGAACUUUAGAAGAAUGGCUUGAAUUGAUGGAAGAUAAUGCUUCUUCUCAAAGGCUUCUUGUUGCUGAUAGUGUUCUUGCUCCUGAACUCACUUUCUCUCCUCUUGUCUUUUUACAGAUUACCACUUUGAAGUGUGGAGGACUUGCUUUGGGCCUGAGUUGGGCCCAUGUACUUGGAGAUACGUUUUCAGCAUCAACCUAUUUGAAUACAUUGUCUGAAAUCUUAAAUGGCAAUAAACCAAUUCACCCACCAAACUAUAAUAAAUCACCUCCCAAGAAUAAUCCGAACCCCACAAAAUCCAUAUUCUCUGAGCCACUAUCACUAUGCAAGAUUGGCCCAGUUGGAGACCAUUGGAUCGUGCCCAUAUCCAUUGAAAUGGAUACAUUCUCUUUUCAUGUGAGGCCCAAACAAUUGGCCCAAUUACAAAUGAAAAUAUUUGAAAAUAAUUCCACACCAAGCCCAAUCCAACCUUUUGAGAUGAUUAGUUCAGUAAUUUGGUGGGCCAUAGCUAGAGUCAAAAAUGGGCCAGAAACCAAUAUUGUGACUAUAAUCAAGAAAGAUAGCAUAAGCCCAAAAGAGGAUGACAUGACACUAAGGAACAAUCAAAAAGUGGGUUCCAUCAAGGCAGGGUUUACAGUUGCAGAGGCUCGUCCAGAAAAGCUCGCAACUCUAAUGUGCAAUAAUUUUGAGGAUGAGAGAGCCCAAAUAGCAAAUGUGGUUGAGAAGGAUCCGGGUGGAUUCGAUUGUAUUGUAUACGGGUCGAAUUUGACAUUUGUGAAUUGGGAAGAAGUUGGGUUUUAUGGGUUUAAGUUAAAUGGAGUAGGCCCAAGAAUGGUGAAUUGUUUUGUUGAUGGUGUUGGAGAGAAAGGGGUAGUUUUGGUUCUUCCAAGCCCAAAAGAUGACACCAAUAGAGAUGGAAGAGUUGUGACUUUAAUAUUGCCCAAGAGUUGUAUGGUGGGGCUCAAGGAGGAGUUGAAGAAAUGUUAUCUUAUUGCUUGAAACAAAAAUAAUAUAUUAUUCUCUAUUUCUUUUUAAAUAGUUAUACUUUUUUAAAAAAGUAUAGCUAUUAAAAAAUAUAAAGAAUAAUAUUACACAUAACUUGUGUUUUGAAUCGUAAGCUUCAAGUAAAAUUAAUUUGUAAAUGAAAAUUAUGUUUUAUAUAUGAAAACAUAAAAUUAUAGUAGUAUUUAAAUAAUAAUCAAGUUGAGACUUGGAAAGUAGAAUUUUUAUCCUAUUUAAAAUGAAAGAAGGAACAUAUUUAUGUAUGU